UUGACUCCUGAGGUCCGUGAGCAACUGGAAAUCUUCCAAGAUUUUCUUCAUGGCCAUGCGAAGCGCCCCACAACACUUGAAGAACUGGUACCAGGCGUUGACUUACACGUUGGCGCUUGCGAUGCGGAAAAGUCGGGAAGGGGAGGAGUGUGGUUCACCGACGAUGGAGAGGCCAUUGUCUGGCGCGAACCAUAUCAAGAAGGAGUGAAAAAAGAGGUUAUUUCAGAUCACAAUCUGACAGGAAAACUUACCAACUCAGACUUGGAGCUGGAAGGCACCGUUCUCCAUCAUUUUGUCCUUGGAAAGACCGCCCAGGUGGAAGGCGAAACCACUUAUACUGGCUGCGAUAACACACCAGCAGUGUCGUGGCGCACAAAAGGAUCAUCCACCUCUCGAAAGGCAAGAGCAAGAAUAUUAUGGUUAGCGGCAGGAUUACAGCGGGAACAAAGAGCACAUCAUCGUAUUGGGCACUUAUGUGGAACGAACAAUCGAAUGGCCGACGAUGCUCGCCGACUGUGGCACCUGUCUGACGCCGAAUUUAUCUCAUAUUUUAAUCGCACGUAUCCACAGAUCAACUCUUGGCAACUGUACAGGAUGCCAAACGCUGUGAACUCCUUGAUGACAUCCGUGCUGUUGAACUCGGAAUCGAACGCGGAGUCUGUCCUUCAAGAGUUGCAAAGGCACACUCUGUCUGGACCACAUGGGUUGCCUUCUGCGACAGCCUCACCCUCGACCCAGGAUUGUCAGCGGUCGAUGAUCCCUUGCUCAUCAUCCUCCUCUUUGGAACUCAAUGGUGACGUGGAAAAAUUGCCCCCAGUAAGAGACAGGUCCGGGGUCGAACGGCUGAAGAUGCCAUGCGCCAGGUGGGCCAGGCCUUUUCCUCAUUGGGACUGCUUGAUCCGAGGAUGA